AUGAAGAGGACUCGUAGAGGUACUACUGAGGCUUCAUCAACCCGACCUAAUAGACAGCGUCCCACGGCCUCAACGAGGAGACAGAGAGCGGCUCCUCAAGAUCACUUUGAGGAUACUACAGAGGUUGAAGAUGUAGUUCCUACUCAUGAUAGUAAUGCUGAUGCAGAGGUUGAAGAUGUAGCUGCUACUCAGGAUAGUAAUGUUGAGGUACAUGCCGAGCCUACUGAGCCAUCUCGAGUAGAUCCCAUUGAUCCAUCUUUACUUACGAGUUUUAAAACUCACAUAGCAGCUGCAAUUUGGAAUAACCAGGAACGUGAGCCCCUUAGGUGCAUGUCGAAAACAUCUACCCUUCGUGAGUGGAAUUGGUGGGGUAAUCCAAAUAAUAGUAUAUUCAAAGGGUGGCAUCCCGAAACGAACACCUUUCACAUGCCUUUUGGUGAGAUGGCCAUCACAUUGUCAUCAUGGUUGAGACCUUGCCAAGUUUAUCAAGCAGUUGAGACCUUGCAACAGAUUUUAGAGGGUACAAACAUACGGUCUACCAUGACAUAUCAACGUCAUCAUGGUUAA